CUUCUCUUCUUCUCACUAAUACUGUCUUGUUCUACAACAAUGGACUUGACAAAUAACUCAAGAACCAACUCCCCUUCCUCUUCCAAGACCAAAAGAAAGCCAAACCAGACCAAAAAACAAGACCCACAACAAGAACAGGAGGUGAGGUUUUUGGGGGUUCGAAGGAGACCGUGGGGACGAUACGCCGCCGAAAUAAGAGACCCGUCGACCAAAGAGAGGCAUUGGCUUGGCACUUUUGACACAGCCGAAGAAGCCGCGCUGGCUUACGACCGAGCGGCCCGAUCCAUGAGGGGCUCCAAGGCCAGAACCAACUUUGUCUACUCCGACAUGCCUUCCGGAUCCUCCGUCACCUCCAUUAUUUCUCCUGAUGAAGCCCAACACGAUAUCUCCUCUCUUUUUAUCAGCCCAACCCACAAUCACAACCGCCAAAAUGAAACGGAUAACUACUUUUCUCUCACUCCGGAAACGUUUGGGUUAGGAGAGGCUUGGGCUCAGCCCACAGCAGUUACUGGGCCAUACCAGCCCAUUACUGGUAUCGCGGAUGGUGGUAGCUCUGGAUUUGGGAAGAGCUGCGAUGACGUGGAGCUCCCGCCUUUGCCUCCUGACGUGUCCAGUUCUGCUUGUUAUGGGGUGGAAAUGGGCCAGGGGUUUUGGGAUGAUACCAACUAUUAUGGGAUCUCGGAUGGGAGGACCAAUGGGCUUGAUUCUGCAUUCAAUGGGCCUUAUUCGGGCCAUGGGGCUGACGAGUUUGUGGAUCAAGGCUCACUAAUUGGGAGAGCGUCGGUUUCGGAUAGCGUAACGGAUGGGUUCGAUUUGGGCUCAACGUCUGCCUAUUACUUUUAAGCUCAUAAUUAAAUAUUUACGACAUAAAGUGCUAAAACAAGUAUUAUUAAUAUUAUUAUUUAAAUAAUUAAAUGUGUUGGCUUUGGGCUUUUUUUGAGUAUGGAGUGAUUUUGUCAAAGCCCAUGAGUUUAGGGCUUUGACCUUUUUUUUUGGCUUUUCUGUCUUUUGUGAGGGUGUGAAAU